CAUUGCAUAGGGGUUCAUGUGUCUGAGUCAUCAACGGCAGAGCGAGUGUAAUAAGUUCUUUACUGCAAUUCUUGCCAGAACCAAAUUUGAAUUAAGUUUGUCAAAAUUGAAGUAUUUAUGUGAUGAUAAUGGAGACGAGUAAAGUGGAACAUUAUUAAGCAAGACAACGUUCCGAUAGUGUAAUUUUCUACACAAGGUGCUGCAGAAGUUUGCAGGAUGACCGCUGACAUGAAGGAGCGAAAGUGUGAGAGCCUUUUCUCCUUCAAACGGAGCAACAACCGAUAUUCUUUGCAUCUAGAAAAAAACUCAAAGAAGGAUGAUGUUCAGCUGAAAAGAGCAUCCUGGUCAUCUUUUCCUCUCCUGAAAUUUGCGUCAUUUGACGACAAAGGUUCCAGAGAGUUGGGAAAUGUUAAAAGCCAAAGCAGUGAAGACAUUAAGCGCCACCAGAAUAUUGGCACACCUAAAAUCGGAUGCAGCUUCCUUAGGGGAUCAAAUGCAAGCAUCAGAAGUGCAGUUUCCAGUUCUUCGUCUUCGUCUUCAUCCUCGACGUCAAGUCCAAGUAUGAGUUCAGGCUCGAGUGGGAAGAGUUCUAUCACCAGUAUUUUGGAAGGAUCGAUUUCAGACAGCCAUUACGAUUCGUGCAGCACCGUAGAGGAUGUCCCUUAUCUCGGUGUCCAACAACAGCAGCUCCUCCACAGAGACAGCCUCUCGAGGAGUACUAGCGAUGUUAUCCCUUUUGUCAGACAUAACCACAUUUUCAGGGAGGAGAGAGGAGCGUCCUCUUCCGUGCCAUCAUUAUUUCAAGAAGAUGAAGGAUCCGUUACUUCUCCUAAAAUAAUAUAUGCCCAUAAAAAGACUCCAGAUGUCAAAAGAAAAUUCAGAAAACAGCUUGUCCAAGAACUUGAAUUUGUAAAAAGGAACGGAUCUUUGCCUGAGAAUUUAGAAGUAAUUCAGACAAAAUUAUAUGACGAAAAGGAGAACGUCAUUCCAAGAAGCAGUUCUCAGAAACAUGUAACGAAACCAAAAUCAAAUUUCAGAUUUAUGCAAAGCUAUAAGUUCUUGAGUAAAUUAGAGAAUAAAGGUAGCAAGAAAUCAAGGAUGGAAAAAGAUAAACGGAUGGAAGUGCCUGACUCAUCUGCCCCCUAUCAGAGGGAGCCGGACGUGAGGGAGAGCCCCGGAGAUAACCUUAAGGCCGCGCUCUUCGAAAAUCUCACGUCCUCUCGCAGCAGUCUCCUUGAUGCGAGCGAGGACCCCGACGCUGAACCUGUGCCGUACUCUGUCAGCGCGUUCCUCGCCAAUGAUCUGAUUGGCUUGGAAGAAAGUGAUAUUAAUUUUGGGGUUAUAAAUGAGAUUAUAGAAGAAGAAGAGGAUAGUGAAUGUGAUUUGAGUGAAUUUAUGACAUAUGCAGAAGAAAGCUAUAGAUUUGAACGCCGUCUCGAAGACAAAUUAGAUAUGCUUGAAUACAGGGAGGAAUCUAACGAUAAGAAAAGCAGCAAAGGAGAAAUAAGCGAAGGAAAUGCCACAGGGAAUGGAAAUAAACAAAAUCUUGUCAAGAGAACAGAAAUGAAGCUCAAUCUUGUUAAGCCCACCAACAAACCCUUGAAUCAGGUGUGCAGAUCGCGGCUCCUGCGCCACAUAUCCGAGGAGCCCGACAGCGGCGCCAGCGGAGGGGAGGAAGACGUCGAGCGCCGGUCUUGUCCGCGGACGCCAAGCACGCCAAGGAGCCCGGGAAUCGACAUUGAUGAUGUAUUCAAGCAAAAACAAAAAGAAAUCGAAGAGGGCAACAAUGAUGAUAUGUCUAGGGUCCGGGAUCUCACUGCGAGGCUGAAUUUAGCUACGCGACGACCGUCCUAUCUUGACUGGCUGAAUUCUAUUCAGAGUCAAAGUAAGGAGAUUGGAAAAGUGUUGGAGCUGCACCCGCCGAAGGUCUUAGAGGAAGGUGCUCUUGAAGAAGAGAUCACGGAUGAAUCAAGGAAAAAAAAUCUGAGAAGUGCACUGAAUUGGUUGAAGACGGAAUUGCAAGAAAUGCGACAGCAGGAUCAGCAGUUGGCAAGACAGUUGAUGCAAUUAAGGAUAGAAUUACAGAGAGUUCGGCUUCUGCGUUCAUGUAAUAAUCACCAAGCACUUGUAGACGAGGUCAGGAAUGAAGCAGAGGAAGCCAGAACGUUUGAAUCUUCGGAUCUCUGUGAUAUGCCUCAAGACCUCAGAGAGGCGUUUUCACCUGUGCUUCGAGAAAUAGGUGUUACGAGGAUGAACAUCACAAGUCGUCGAUUCUCUCUACGGUGAAGGGCUAUUUCACGCUGUAAUUUUUUCCUUAAACUUACAAAAUAUUUGUAUGUGAAGGCAAAUAUUAUUCAGGAGUAUAUCCAGAUAUAUAUUACAUUUUAGUAAUACAUCAAUGUAUAUAUGCACCUAUAUCAUGUGCACAAGGUCCCAAAGGCGUCUUCAAAAUAAUGUGCUGUGUGCUGCAGACAAUUUACAACAUCUGUGCCAGGAUAUACAGCAUAUUGAUAUUGAGAUGUCUUGCGAGUUGGAUUAUAUUUUCAUCAAUUCAUAAGCACCCAAACGUAAAAACAUGCAACCUUGUCAGAUGUACAGUGAUUAUACUUAAUGUCUUCAAAAUACAGUUGUGAUUCCUUGAUAAGUGUUUCUUUGAUAACACUAUUGCAACAAAAGCAUUUCUUCAUUUUGCUUUUGUAUAAGGUACCUUUCUGAAUAUUGAAAGACGAGGAGUCCUUCUGAGUAAAAUCUGUUUAACCAAGAAAGAAAAAUGAUAAUAAUAAUAAAGAGGAAGAAAAAAAAAAA